GCAGGACGCGGGAAAGGCAACGGAAUAGAAGAGAAGGGAAAGGAGAGGAGAGGCUGGGCUCGAGGAUUGUGUGGCCGACGGGAUAGAAGGAUGUCGACUGUGUGGAAAUGGUCGUUGCUCCACUUGUCAGGUGGUGAAAAGGUAAUUAAAGAAGAAAACAAAGCAUUGCGUGGCGUUGGAAAAAGAAUGAGCAAUGCCUGGAUGGACUGUAAUUAUGAAUCACUCAGAUUCAACGAAUCGCGUGGAUUCAUAUCCCCGCGCGAACUAUUGCGCUCGAGCUGGUCCAGGAAGAGGAAGAAGAGAGUGAGUGUCUUAAACAGGCUAUGAACGAUAAUAUCAGUUUUCUUACCUGCCGAGAUUGAGCGAUAGUCUUUCUGUCCGGCAAGCAAUUUUGACAGCGGCACCCGUGAUGGCUCCUCUAUCGUACGUCACCGCUAGGCCAGGAACAUAUUUUGGGUUUCAAUCUGGUCCAGUAGCCCAACGGAGUCUCUCGAGAUGUUGUUGCGAUUUGGCGGGGAGCUUUGAUGCCAGGAGGAGCUUCGGGUUGAUAGUGGAGGCAAAGAAAGGCAGUUUGACGAGAUUUGAGCCUCGAAAUUAUCAGAGGAGAUUGACAGGAGUUGCCAGGUGUCAGAAAUUGAACGUGGUGUCCAAAGAAGCUCCUCCAGUAGAUCUUCAGGACUUCAUCUGCAGUGGCGUUUUGGCAAAGAAGGUGGGAGCGACACCUGAGAGAGUUGCCGAAAGGCUAGAUGAAUGGUAUAAGUUGGGAAACCAGCUUGCGCAUUUUCUCAAAUUUGAUGAAGAUGGAAAGCUGUCGGAGGAUGAGAAAAUACGCAUUUAUCAAUACUACUUGCCGGUAUACUUUUGGGUUCGGGAUCAGUUGACAGAUCAUCGAUCUCGUUUUGCUUCCGGUGCUCCAAUUCCUCCCUUCGUGGUUGGAAUAAGUGCACCCCAGGGUUGUGGCAAGACCACCAUAGUGGAAUCCUUGGAUUACCUGUUUAAUGCAACUGGAUCUCCAGCUGCUGCUAUGUCGAUGGAUGACGUUUAUCUCACAGCAGAGGGUCAGGAUAAGUUAGCAGCAGAUUAUGCAGGCAACUCUCUUGUGGAGUUACGGGGUAAUGCAGGGAGCCAUGAUCUACAGUUAGGAACGGAGACCUUGAAGUCUCUGCUCAAGCUUACAUCAGAUGAUACAAAAACGAUGAUCCCUCGUUACAACAAGGCUGCCAGAAACGGACGUGGAGACAGAGCAGAUCCAUCAAAAUGGACAGAAGUGAAGGGUCCCCUUGAGUUGGUGCUUUUCGAGGGCUGGAUGCUUGGGUUCGAACCUCAGCCCGAAGAAGCUGUGACGGCUGUUGACCCCGAGUUAGCAUUGGUGAAUAAGAUUAUGGAGAAGUACUAUGACGCAUGGUAUCAGUACAUCGACUCCUGGAUCAUUGUUCAAGUAGGAGAUGUAAAUUGGGUGUAUGACUGGCGACUACAGGCUGAAAUCCAAAUGAGAGCUAAGGGAAAAGGAGGCAUGACAGAUGAAGAGGUCCAAGAUUUUGUGUCCAGGUACAUCCCUGCAUACAAGGCGUAUUUACCUUCCUUAUACAAAGAUGGACCCAAGAAUUCCAAACCAGAGAAGACGUUAAGGCUGGACAUCGACCAGAACAGAAAUCCAAUCGGAUAAACAUUUUGUAAAUGUAGUCAUCGACCCUAAUGUCAUGAAGGUGAAGAAGUACCAGUUGUAGGCCACCCAUGACCUCUGUAUUUUUGAAUUUCAUAUCAUUGUGAUGGGCAAUCCUCUCGACAGCAAAUCUGCCGAUGAGUCUGAUUAUUUGAACGUAGAUGGUUUCCACUGGUAGUCACCUUGUAACCUCAAACUCAUUCGUAUUAGUCGUAGUUAGGGUUGGCAUGUCUUGAAUGUCCGAGAUCUGGUUCAAAGCUCUUAAUGGACGCCAGGUUACGGACUGGGCUGCAUAUAACAUGUAAGCGUAUGAUUAAUUAAGAGCAAGGCACAUUGCCCAUUUCC